AUGGCAGACCAGGCCUCGAACUCCUUGAGGAUCGAUACGGGCAACGAACCGCUCCUUCCGCCAAUCCUCGCCAUCUUCUCGGUUAACUUCGACCACCGCAAAGGAUACACAUUGGGAUGGCAUAGAUCACUUGAAGACAUCCCCAUCGAAGGGUUUGUCGAGUUCAAGUCUCUGCCUUCUGGUUUGCACAACGUCGAAGAGGAUUUGGUAUACUUUAUCUACGAUGAUUACGCUGGCCUCAGUGCCUUCGUCAACAAAGCAGAUGCGCAGGCGGAACGCGCUGCGCGAAUGGUGGCUGUUGGCGCAUUGGUUCCUUUGGAGCAAGGUCGCAUUGGACGGAUCUGGCGCCACGCAGAGUCUUUAAUGGAGCUCGCAAGGGCACAAAUCGACAACCCGGAAAGUGUUACCGCUCUAGAACAAUACUGGGAGAAGUACAAGUUGCAGCCGGAGGAGCGCUCCUCACAGACGCCCCUUGAAUCUCCGGCAGAGGACCUAAGUCAUCGCCCCAAUGGCUAUCUCAAGUUCAGGACAAUGUCUACCGCAACAACCUUUAUUUCUCCGCAUCAUGCCUUGACGCCUCACCAUCCUGCGCUUACACUGAUAGAUUCUAUCAAGCUCUUUGGGCCUCUAAUAUUUCCAUUGUAUCGAGCAGCCUUACUUCACAAACGGAUCUUGAUCAUCACGGAGACUCCCGUGGAAUUCUGUUGCAAUCUUGUGUAUAAUCUCUCCAUCCUCUCGUCUGUAGCAAAGUCACUUCUGCCUCUGCCCCACGAGCCCGAUACUCACAGUGUUCGGCUGCGUCCUCUCUUCACUGUUGGGGUUACGGACAUUCCCCAGCUCGAGCAGGCUGGAGCUGCCGGAACCGACCACGGUUUCAUUUCCUGCACAACGGAUGAUGUACUUGCCUCGAAACCCGACCUCUAUGAUGUCCUUGUGCUCAUGCCUAAGCCGCGCUCACAAUAUCCCUCGGCAAAAGUGUUCCCUCGCAUUGUUGUUUCAAGUCCAGAAUUAACCAAGGCUUUUCCCAAAGUCGCCAUCAGGGCAACCCAACGAGACUCUCGUCGGUUCGCGCACCUCAUACGUGGUCUGCGAGGAUUGGAACCUAGUGAAACGACCGCCGUCGAUGACGAGACCUCCUCCAUUUCUUCACUUUCAUCCUCGUAUUCGACGAACAAACUAGUAGUGGAGCCCGCGUCUUGGUCCCGAAUGGCAUACACCUCUUUCGUCUGGUGGGCAUCGGCUGGCGAUCGGCGCGAAGGAUUCGCCGACGGAGAAGAACACGAAAUAGAACGUGAUUCGUCACUGUUGCUUGAUGGAUCAGAGGAGGAGCAGACUCGCGAAGUGGCAGUUGUGGCAUAUUUCCACCGCAUGACCGCGGCUAUUUUUCAAACUGUCGCAGCUGCUAUUGCAAGGGCAGACGGCAACGACAGCAGCGAGGAGAGAUAUCACGACAAUGAUGACCAAGACGAUGCAAGCUCCAAUGAUCAACUGGCUGAGGACAGCCGACCUCUGUUAGCUGAGCAGAACAAGAAGGCCGAUGUUGAGAUCAAUCAUGAAGACAUGGUGCAAAUGGGACUGGAUAGCUGGAGCGCGUCGGACAAAAGAUUUGUGGAAGAGCUGACGAAGCUCUGGUGGAGAAGGCAUGCAGUGGUGCGGCCAGAAUCGAUUGAGUGCUGUGGACUUCGCAUCCUCUGA